AUGGCUUUCUUGAAACUUGUGUGCGUUCUAUGUCUUCUAGUGUGGAGUCUAAAACUGGUCACUUGCCGCUCGCUUCAACCUCUGGACGCCAACGAAAAACAAGAAGCCAUCAACAGACUUUUACAAAUAUUCAACAUCAACACUCCUGGAAGAAGCGACAGACAUUUAAACCCUCCUCAGUAUAUGUUGGACUUGUAUAAUGCUCUAGCAGAUAGUGGUGGCGCAAGUAAGUCGCCAAACCCUUACAAAGUCAACAUUGUCAGAAGCUUUCCUGAUAAAGACCAAAGGCAUAAUUUCCAUUUUUACUUCAACAUCACGGAUAGUGUGCCUGCCACAGAGUCAGUGGUAGAGGCAGAGUUUCACCUGUAUAGGAUGAAACCUAAAGAAAUAGUAAGGAGGAAGUCUGAAGACAUGAGAGCCCAUCUGUUAGAACUUCGUGUGUACCAAGUCAUGCCAACUUCGAUUUCAAAUAAAGAUGGCGACAGAUUACUGGACAUUCGACUUAUUAGUGCUUACUCCGUGGGCUGGGAAGUAUUCUAUGUUAAGCCUGCUGUAAUUGAUUGGAUGAAUGACCCUCAGACAAACCUUGGGCUUUUAAUCACAGUUAAAACAAUCUCGGGAAACAGACCAGACGAAGGAAUAAUGCGCUUCGCUCGACGUCAUCAUAAGCACGCUAAUAAACAGCCAAUCCUGGUUCUUUUUAACGAAGAAGAUAAAGAAAGGAAGAUUUUACUCAACACACUUCCUGAGGUCCGUGGCUACGGAGAUCAUGAAUUUUUUGGAAAUAGUCAAGUUCCUUCAAAUCCUCAUACUUUGGAUUCACGAUAUGGGCAAAGCCAACACUUAGAGAGCAGCACGAGUUCAAAUGUAAGAGUCAGAAGGUCAACAGAAAAUGAAGAGCAAUUAUUGAAUGUGAGUUCACUGGCAACUAACCAAUCAUUAAGUUGCAAUCGUUUUGAGAUGUAUGUAGAUUUUGAACAAAUCGGCUGGUCAGAUUGGAUCCUUUCUCCGAAAGGCUAUAGAGCUUUCUAUUGUAAAGGUAGAUGUGAUUUUCCUUUUGGUCAAAACGAACACCCAUCGAAUCAUGCUACUGUUCAAAGCAUUGUGAAUAAGCUUAAUUUGGUUGAUGGGGUACCUGAACCUUCUUGUGUACCUAACAAGCUGAGUGCCUUUUUACUACUGUACCGCGACGAUGGCGGGAGCGUUGUGCUCAGGAGGUACGCUAACAUGGUGGCAGAUAGCUGUGGCUGUCAUUGAAUACAGCAAGAAGAAGCUCUAGUACCCAUAACUUAAAUGUAUUAGAUGAUCAAUUUGUACGUUUUAGCCGCGAGUUGACUGGUCUCCUGUUUAAGUGAACAAAGCCAUCUGUCUCUAGAGCUCUCAUAUCUCACCUUUUAGGUAGUUUAGCUUGUAAUAAGCACUUGAACUAGAACUGACCAGCGAGUCGUUGGAUUCUUUAUUAGUAGAAAGACAUAGUGUCCUUCAAGAGAUCGUUCAACCUCCAGAAGACCUAUUGGUUUCUAACUACCCCAGCUUGGUUGAACUACAGGUACUUGAGAACAGUGGUUUGUGAUACUGGUGUACAGUUCGUACUCCGAAACACUGGCAUCUGGAAACUAUAACUACUUUGAAUUAUAAUUUUUUUUUCGUUAUUUUAAAUUUAUGUAAAAUUUUAAAAGGAAAU